AUGGUGAAUCGUGUUCUGAAGUUCUUACAUCUGACAAAGGGGUGGGACUAUUACCGCAAUUAUCUUGGGUUCUUUAUAAUAGGGACAAUCAAUAACAUCAACUUUGUUGUUGUGAAUUCCUCUGCGAGUUCAUUGUGUUCCUUUUUCCACGCCGAUGCGCUGAAUCCACUUGUUUUGUGGUGCAACACUUUUGCUGGUUUAAUUCUUCGAAUUUUUAAUAUGCUUUUCCUCUACAAAAUUCCCAUCAAAAUUCGACUGCUCUUUUCAACCAUUUUCAACUUGAUUGGUCUCUUUGGGAUAGUUUUGGCUAUUCUUUUACAGGAAUAUACUCAAUCGGAGUCUUACGUGUUAUUUGGCUUAGCACUAUGUAUGAUAUUAGUCAUUGGAGGAGUUCAGUCAUUUGCCGAGUCAGUCAUCUUAUCUUACUCGGGGCGUUUUCCGUCUGAGAUGGUGAAUGGGUGGUCCAGUGGGACAGGCUUUGCUGGAGUAGCUGGGAGUGGGUUGUACUUGUUUUACUCAGGAUUGAAUGUUCCUGAUACCAUCAGUUUCACGACUUUAACACCUUUGUGUGUUAUUUAUGCGUUAGUCUUCUUCUUUAUGAUCAAACCGCCCACUCCGGAGGAUCUCCUAGCAAACGAGAAGAAAGCGGAGAAACAAGAAAACGCUGAAGCAUCGACACCUAGUGAAUCAAAGCCAUUAGUGAUAGAUAAUUUGAAAGAAAAUGCCAUUCAAAGUGACGAAAUACAACAUGGAGAGACUCAAGAGAGUCAUUCAGAGACUUCAGAACAGCGCGAAGUACAUAAAGAUGAAAAAGGGAUGUUUGCAGAUGAAGAGAAGGAAGAAGGCACAUUCUGGCAAAAGUUAUUAAGUGGUAUCAAGUUGACGUGGUGGCUUGGGAUCAAUUUAAGUCUUGUGUACUUCUUUGAAUAUAUCAUCAAUCCAUCGGCGAUAUAUGUCUCGAUGGACAGAGAAGCCGCAAAAACAAGUGACAAUUUCUUCCUCAAAAAUUUCUAUGAGAUUUUGGCGUUUUGUUACCAACUUGGCGUGUUCAUCUCGAGAAGUUCGUUACCACUCUUCAAAUUGAAACCCGUCUGGAUACUUACAAUCUUCCAAUUUUCAUUGUGCGUGUUGAUGUGCGUGCAAGGCGCAGAACACUUUAUGGUAGAUGAAUGGGGGAUCGGAGUCAUGAUUGGGAUCCUUUUAAUAGUCGGUCUUAUUGGAGGGUGCGCCUAUGUCCAAGUAAUGUAUUGGAUCCUUAAAAAGAAAAUGAAAAAGGAACAACGAGAAAUGGGAAUGACGUUCGUGACAAUCAUGAACACGUGUGCACUUCUUUGCUCGUCGGCACUGGCUCUGUUGCUCAAUGAAACGAUUUGGAAAAACAAUUUUAAAGAAUGA